AGGGAAACACCAAUGUUCGGGUUCGGGUAACACUAUUUUAGCCUUGUUUGUUAAAGAUGUGUUUUGAAAUCACAACACAAUAAGCAAAAGUUCAAUAUGGCCGAUUGCAAUGAAGGUGAAAUUUUAGAUGCGACCGAAGAAACAGUUGUUCGUAGAACGCGGUCGGGACGUACGGUAAAAUCAGUAUCAUCACCGGCGCCUAAAACUCGUGGAAGGAAAAAGGUUUCGGUGUCCGAAGAAUUAACUGAAGAAGAAGAAUGUCAAAAAAUGUUUCCAAUUAAGGAAGUGAGUGCUGACAAUUCUGAGAAUUCAAACGGAUUGCAAUGUAUGGACCAACAGAUGAGCGAGUCACAAUUUGCGAUGGCUGCUAGUGACAGCAAUGAACCUUCUGAAGAACUCGAAAGUGCAAGUGAGAGUUUAAUUAAACAUUCAGAAGAUAAUUCUCUUACCCAAGAGCAUACUUCAGAAUCUGAAUUGGAUGCAGAUGAAGAAAAUGUUGACAACCAAAUAAUAGAAAUCAGUAGUGGCACAGCACAAGUAGUGGCUAGUGAUUUAGUGGAAACUAAUGAUAAUAGUGCUGAUACGCAAAACAUUGAUGAUUCUGAUUUACCACAAAAGUUGAUGUCUGUUGAUUCCAGUGAAAGUGCGCUUGAAGAUGAUGAAUCAAAGCAGGAAGUAGCAGAUGUAGAACACAUAGAAACUGAUGUACAGAACUUUAUUUCUGAAACAAUUACUAGUGCCGUUGAGAGUGAAGUUGACGCUCAGGAGAUGUUCAAUACGGAAGAACCAGAUCCUGAUACUGAGAUGGUAUCGGAGGAUGAACUACCUGCACCUCCAAAAGCAAAAGUUCCAGAAGAUGCAGAGGAAGUAUCUGAUGAAGAAUUGCCAGGUCCAAAAUUAGCUGAGUUACCUGCUGACACAGAGGUUGUUUCUGAAGAUGAAUUACCAACGGUUAAGGCAGCCAAACGUAAGCAUGAAGAAUCCGGUUAUGAUCCUAGUAGUCCAACUGAUAGUAAAGAAUGUUCUGGGAGUAGUAAAAGACUUGCUCUUGAGAGCACUGUAGAAGCAAAAGAAGAAAAAGAUGAUAAGAAAACAUCGGUCAAAUCAAGGAAGUUACCUGACUUGGACAAAUAUUGGAAAGCGGUACGUGAUGAUCCUGGAGACUUUACUGGGUGGACUUAUCUUUUGCAAUAUGUAGACCAAGAGAACGAAAUUGAACCUGCUAGAGAAGCUUAUGAUGCGUUCUUAGCUCAUUACCCGUACUGCUAUGGAUAUUGGCGUAAGUACGCUGACUAUGAAAAGCGCAAAGGAAACAAAAAGAAAUGUGAAGAGGUUUUUGACCGUGGUUUACGUGCAAUCCCGCUAUCUGUUGAUCUAUGGCUACACUAUCUGACAUACCAGAAAGCAACCUAUGGAGAUGACACCGGUCGCAUUAGAGAACAGUUUGAACGAGCUCUCAGCGCAUGUGGGUUGGAGUUUCGGUCAGAUCGAUUAUGGGAGGGAUAUAUUAAGUGGGAAUUAGAGGAGAAAAACUACCGAAAAGUUAUGGAAAUAUAUGAUAGGCUGUUAGCCACGCCCACUUUUGGAUAUAUGUCUCAUUUUGAUAGCUUCCAAGAAUUUGUUACUAAUAAUCAGCCUCCUCAAAUUUUAUCUCAAGAAGAAUUUUUGUUGCUUCGUGCUGAGUCUAGAACAGAUAAAGAUAUUCCUACUGAUUCUAACAUUCCACCAGGCGAAGAUGAAGCUAAUGAUAAUAUGCGAAAUGAUGAGGAAUGUGCAGCAAUUAAGCAGUUGCUAAUAGCAUCAAGACAUAAAAUUCAUAAAAAUACGAUUGCAGAAGUAACUGCACGCUGGUCUUUUGAAGAAGGGAUUAAGAGGCCGUAUUUCCAUGUUAAGCCACUGGAACGUUGUCAGCUCAAUAAUUGGAAGGAUUACUUAGAUUAUGAGACCCAACAUGGAUCCCAAGAGCGAGUGAUAGUUCUUUAUGAACGAUGUUUAAUUGCUUGUGCCUUGUAUGAGGAGUUCUGGCUACGGCUUGUUCGAUAUUUAGAAACCCAGAAUGAUGAAAAAUUAGUUAAUCAUAUGAGAGAUGUAUUUGAAAGAGGUUGUACUGUACAUCAUCCUGAUAAGCCAACUUUACACCUUUUAUGGGCAGCAUUUGAAGAGAAUCAUAAUGCACAUAGCAAGGCUGCGGAUAUUUUAAUUCAUAUUGAAAAAACUUGCCCGAAUGUACUGCAGAUUGCCUACAGACGUAUUAAUUUAGAAAGGAGAAGGGGUGACUUAGAGAAAUGUGUUCAGCUAUUUGAGCACUACAUUCAAACUUUAAAAAAUAAAACAGCGGUAGCAGGUCUUGUCAUAAAAUAUGCCAGGUUUUGCCACAAGAUUUUAGGGAAUAUGGACAAAGCCCUUGAAAUACUGAAAGCAGGUAUUGAGCGUGACCCCUCGAAUUCUCGCUUAUCAUUGCAGCUAAUUGAUUUUUACAUGCAACGUAGUGAAUUGAAUUUCAAAGAAAUUGUGGGAGUGAUUGAUGCAUUUUUGGAUAGAGAUCCAGAGAUUGAUCAAAGAGUUCUUUUUGCUCAGAGGAAAUUAGAAUUUCUUGAGGAUUUUGGAACAGCGGAAAGUUUGCAAGAAGCACAACGAUCACUACAAACAGCUUUAACAAAACUGAACAAGAAAAAGGAUUCAAAAAGAGAUUCAAGUCCUUCCAAAAAGUCGAAAGAUGCUGCAGGGUCCGUUCCACCAUUACCAGCAACUACUUCAUAUCAAGGUACAAACAAUUCUCAAUAUGGCAGUCCCUACAAUACUAGUCAGAGCAGUAUGCAGAGCGGUGCUUAUGGAUAUCCAGCUCAUGGUAGUUAUAACCAAGGCUAUCCCACAUCCAGCACUGAAUACCCUUAUCAAUGGGGACAAUAUUCCCAAGGCCAAUAUAGUGGUUAUGGUGCAUGGGGAAGUUAUCCUAAUUACUACUAAUUCAUAAAUCGCGUCUUAGAUUUUUCUUUUUAUAGUUUCACAAGUAUGUACUAAAUAUUUAAGUGAUGUUUGACUCUGU